AUGAGCACUCGGAAAUUGCUCAGGUCGGCAGUUUGCCAACAGCGGGCGUGUUGGAGAUGCGAAACUGCGUUAUCAUUGACUCUCUUUAUGAAAGUCCCUAAGCGUCCGCGGACGCUAUUGCACUGGGAGGUCAUUUCUCGCAAUCGAGGUCCCGUAGGCACUUGGCCUAGCAUCUCAAAGCAUGCGGAUCGGCGAGCCUUCACAGUUUCAGUGCCUGCUCAGACCAAUCCGAAAAGCACAACAGGUCAGUCAAUCGGCUACUCGCAGCUACCUACUUUGACGACGUGCAUUCUCGCUCAUAUCGAUCACGGAAAAAGCACGCUUGCGGAUCGCCUUCUUGAGCUCACUGGAACGAUUCCAAAGGUCAACGCUGCAGACCCCAAAGGUGUCAAUAGACAAGUCCUGGAUACUUUGCAAGUAGAAAGACAACGCGGAAUCACAGUGAAAAGUCAGGCUGUUAGCAUGAUCUACGAAGCGCAAUCUGGAAAGGAGAAGGGUAACAAGUGGCUUCUCAACUUGAUCGAUACACCAGGUCAUGUUGACUUCUCCUACGAAGUCUCCCGCUCACUUUCAGCUUGCCAAUCUGCGCUGUUGCUCGUGGAUGCGACGCAAGGCGUACAAGCACAGACAAUUUCGGUCUUCCGGGUUGCGUCUGCACAGAAGCCGAAGUUAUCCAUCAUUCCGGUAAUCAACAAGAUCGAUUUGCCAAACUCAGACAUUGAUAAAUGCAUCGCGCAGAUGCGUUCCAUGCUUGGUCUGGAAGUACAACGUCCCGGAACAUCAGAGGACAGCGGUAUCGAGCCGAUACUUAUAAGCGCAAAGACGGGGCAAGGCGUCGAGCAGGUCCUCGAAGCACUUGUCGCCAGUGCACAGUCCCGACCAACCCUGCCGACGGUACGCUCCUCGCAACACCUCCAAGCCUUGGUAUUCGACUCGUGGUAUGACCAGUUUAAAGGAGUCGUCGCGCUCGUAGCUGUGCGUGAAGGCACUCUCUUAAAGGGUGAGCGGAUCGCGUCCAAAAUGACGGGGAAACUGUACGAAGUCUUGUCUCUUGGCAUCAACCACCCCGGACCAACAGAGACUCCCUCACUCAGAAGCGGUCAGGUCGGAUGGCUUAUUUGCAACAUGCGAAACAUCAGUGAUGCCAAGAUUGGAGACAUCUUCCAACACCCGGGGGAACCCAAGCGCAGUCGCCCACAGGAUGAAGAAAUGUCGGCCGCACUGCAUGACGCUUCCCUUAAAGCACUGACUCCCAUGGUCUAUGCAGGUCUCUAUCCUAGUGAUUCCACAGAGUUUGGAAAGCUAGAAGAGAGCAUUCAGAAGCUCGCGCUGAACGAUCGCAGCGUGACGGUGACGCGCGAGAGCAGCGCAGCCUUGGGCCAGGGGUGUCGGAUAGGGUUUCUCGGUACCCUGCAUUUGGAUGUGUUCCGUCAGCGCCUGCAAGACGAGUUCAAGCAUGAAGUCCUCGUCACAGCGCCAACUGUCACGUACCGUGUGCGGUAUGCACCUGACCGUGCACCGCAAGACGUUCUGCGGCAGAAUCAGCUGAGUGAGGAUGGAGGCGGUGUCUACAAGUUCUGCUCCAACCCCCUUGAAUUUCCAGAGGAGCACGAGCGAAAGACGAUCAUCGAGGCAGUCGAAGAGCCGCUGGUUAAAGGUCGCCUGCGAUGCCCUCAAGAUUGCGUCGGCGACAUGAUGGCACUGUGUGCAGAGCAUCGCGGCGUGCAGCUCGAGUACGACUUUGAACAGGUCGGUGUCGAGGCAAGUUCCUAUGCUGGAGGUGGUGAUCAGAUUUCCGUCGAGCUCGUCUAUCGCUUACCUCUGAGCGAGAUUGUGACCGAUUUCUACGACAAACUCAAGUCGCGGUCCUCCGGUUUUGCAACAUUCGAGUACGAGCAUGACGGGUACGAACCGAGCGACCUGGUCAGAGUCUCUUUUCUGGUCUCUGGUACACCUGUGGAUCCACUCAGCACUAUCUGCCACCGCAGCAAAGCGCAGCAGGUUGGGAAAGCGUGGGCUGGCAAGUUAAAAGAGGCCAUCCCUCGCCAAUUGCACGAGGUUGCGAUUCAGGCAAUGGCGAACGGCAAAGUCAUUGCAAGAGAAACGAUCAAGGCUUAUCGCAAGGAUGUGACUGGAUAUCUCUAUGGCGGUGACGUGACGCGCAAGAUGAAGCUCUUGGCUAAGCAAAAGAAAGGGAAGAAGAAAACAGCCGCCCGGGCCUUUGGCAAUGUUCACAUCCCACAAGAGGCUUUUGCGCAGGUCCUGGACAGGCGCUAG